GUAAUUUGAGCGGAGCCCACCCCCGCGUCUGCCGGUGAGAUGGUACGAGCCGGGGCCACAUAAAGUGAACACGGUGCAAGUUCAACUGUCAGAACCAUCAACCGACAGAAGAGCCCACCUCCCUCCCGCUGAGUCACACCGAAACACGGCUACAACCAUGGAGUGGACCCCGAUGGAGAUUAACCCGGAGAUGCUGAACAAGAUGAUGUGUAAGCUCGGUGCAGGUGAGAGCUGGCGCUUCGUGGACGUUCUGGGGCUGGAAGGGGAGCAACUCUCCGCCGUCCCCAAACCAUGCUGUGCCCUGAUGCUGCUCUUCCCACUGACACAACAGCACGAGUCUUUCAGACAGCAGCAGGCAGACAAGGUGGCUGGAGACUCUGAAGUUUAUUUCCUGAAGCAGACAGUAGUUAAUUCCUGUGGCACCAUUGCCCUGCUGCACACUGUGGCCAACAACAAGAGCAAACUGACUUUUGAUACUGACUCUGCCUUGAAGAAAUUUCUGGAUGAGACUGCAAACAUGUCUGCUGAUGAUCGUGCCAAACAUCUGGAGAAGAACCAGGCGAUCUCUGAGGCUCACAAUGAGGUUGCAGUGCAGGGCCAGUGCAGGCCUGAAGCAGACAAAGUCAACUUCCACUUCAUCGCCUUUGUCAAUGUAAAUGGACAACUUUAUGAAUUUGAUGGGAGAAUGAACGGAGCGCUGAAGCAUGGAGCCACCAAAGAUGAAUCCUUCAUCGAGGAUGCAGCCAAAGUGUGCCAUGGAUUCAUGGAGAGAGAGAAAGGUGAAGUCCGUUUCUCUGCUGUGGCUCUUUGUCACAGUUAGAUUUUUGGUCGGAAACGGAUCCAAAUCGUAAAACCAAAAUGUUUUCAGUGUUCACAUGGCAAACACAAUCAGCAGGCACACACAGUGACCUGCACUCACAUACAUCUGCAGACACUAUGCACUAUAAAGCACAUAUUGUUUCCACAUACUGCACUCUCAUCUCAUGAACAAAGCAUUCUUUAGCAUUCGCACAUGCACACACACAAUCACACAGACACACUCGAAUCCUUUUGUUCUGCCGACACUAACUGAUACAAGCUGUUCCAAACGUUCCUAUUUGUGAUAAUAUUUUGCAGUGAUAUUGUACAACUUGACGUUGCUGCUUGUGUGUUAAUGUUAUGUUAUGUUGGGUUUUGCAGAUUUUGUGUGCAAUCAUUGGUGCAACUGUAUCACACUUGAAAGACUGAUACCUUUUGUGCCAAUAAAAGUUAGAAGUUAAAUGCAAGAAACUUGUGU